UGAAAAGAAUAUCACUGUCCAAACCUCUAUAUAGAUACGAUUAUUCAGAGCAAGAUUUAGAGAGAGAACACUCGAGAGUGAUUGAACUCACAGGAGCAACAACAACAACAAGAUGAAGAAAAAAGGGUUUUUUUAAUUCGUUUUUAUACGAUUUUUCUUAUAUAAAAAACCCUUUUUUUCAUCAGGUUUUCUCUCCGGUUAAUCAUCUUAUCCGGAUCUUGAACCGUUUGACUUCCGUUCUUUUUCCGUUAAUCUCCGUCAGAUCUGGUUAUCUGAUUAGGGGAAAUUGCACUGAUUAGGUUCAAUCACAUGGGUGGUGUGUGAAAACAAUCAAUUUUGGUGUUUGAUGAUUGUUUUUGCACUGUACUAUACAAAUAGUCUGCAAUCAGCUUCUGAAUUUGGCUGGUUAACUGGUUCAUGUCUAGUAAGUUAGACAGCCCGGUUCAAACUCAAAUGGCUGUAGCAGUUUUUAAGAGCCCGAUCGGUCGGGAAUACCAUGGGAACGAUAGGAAACCGACCGGGAGCAGGCGGGUUUUUGUUCAAACCGAAAACGGAUGUGUUUUAGGAAUGGAGUUAGAUAGAAAUGAUAAUGCGCAUAUGGUUAAACGGAGGUUACAGAUCGCGCUUAAUGUCCCGGUUGAAGAAAGUUCUUUGACUUUUGGAGAUAUGGUUUUGAAGAACGAUCUUAGUGCGAUUCGUAAUGAUUCUCCGCUUCUGUUAACGAGGAAUUUAAUGCAUAGAAGCAGUUCAACUCCGUGUUUGUCUCCUUCGGGCAGAGAUGUACAACAGCGUGAUCGAAGCGGGCCUAUUGAGAUAUUGUGUCAAUCGGGUGGCUUUUCGCGAACGAAAGAGCUUGUUAACGAGAUCGUGAUGGCGUUAAAGGCCGGUGUUGACCCGAUCCAGGUCAAUGGUGGGCUUGGAGGUGCUUAUUAUUUUAGGAACAGUGAAGGUGAGAGCGUAGCGAUUGUGAAACCGACUGAUGAAGAGCCUUUUGCGCCCAACAACCCGAAAGGGUUCGUGGGUAAGGCGCUUGGUCAGCCUGGGUUGAAACGGUCGGUUCGGGUUGGUGAAACGGGUUUUCGUGAAGUGGCUGCUUACCUUCUUGAUUAUGACCACUUUGCUAAUGUACCUCCAACUGCACUUGUCAAAAUCACUCACUCUAUUUUCAAUGUUAAUGAUGGUGUUAGUGGAAGCAACAACAACAUUAAACAAGGUAGAAAGAAGAAACAUGUUUGCAAGAUUGCUUCUUUGCAACAGUUUAUCCCUCAUGAUUUUGAUGCUAGUGAUCACGGGACCUCGAGUUACCCGGUCUCUGCUGUUCAUCGUAUCGGUAUAUUAGAUAUAAGGAUUCUUAACACCGACCGUCACGCGGGGAACCUGCUUGUUAGAAAGCUUAACGGUAGCGCGACGUUUGGUCAACAAGUUGAACUCAUACCCAUUGACCACGGUCUGUGUUUGCCCGAAAGCUUAGAGGAUCCGUAUUUCGAGUGGAUCCAUUGGCCACAAGCUUCGAUCCCUUUCUCAGAAGACGAAAUUGACUACAUUAAAGCACUCGACCCGUAUCGUGACUCGGAUAUGCUUAGAAACGAGCUUCCGAUGAUUCGUGAAGCAUGUCUUCGGGUUCUAACCCUCUGCACCAUUUUCCUCAAAGAAGCGGCUGGUUACGGUUUGUGUUUAGCUGAGAUCGGUGAGAUGAUGACCCGCGAGUUCAGGCGUGGUGAAGAGGAACCCAGUGAGCUCGAGGUUUUGUGCAUGGAAGCUAGACGGGUGGUAGCCGAAAGAGAAAUGUUCAUGUUAUCCCCUAAAACCGAGCCCCAUGAAGACAGUUUUCAGUUUGAAAUCGAUUGUGAUGAUUCUGAAAUACCCGUAAACCCGAUUUUUUCGUUCCACUUCGGACCCGGGAGAAACCCGCUAUCGAAACUCGAAGAAGAAGACGAACACGAAGAACCCGAGGAACUCGUGCUUCCUGCUAUAUCAGGAAAGGUUCCGUCUGUAUCGAAUGUGUCAAUGUCGUUGAAGAAAAAUUUAAGUCUCGGUGACUCGUCAGCGGGGCACAGGAGUGCGACCGAGCAGCUUCCAGCGAGUGCUAGCUUUGUGAAGGUUGCGGAUAUGACCGAUGACGAAUGGGGUCUGUUUUUAGAGACGUUACAGGGGCUGUUGCACCGCACGUUUGUGGAGCGUAAGUCGGGUGCUGUGGGGCAGAGGCAGAGACAGAGGCUGGGUACUUCUUGCCAGUUUUAAGGUCGUAGGUUAAUUUGUGUUUUAAGGAUUGUGCGAGUUUGGGUUGUCAUAGGUUGACUUGCAGUUGUAGUGUUCGACUAAGUUUAGGUUUUAGUUUGUUUUUUUUUUAUUUAUUGCAGUCCUUGUGGACCUGUUUUAUAAAUAACUUGUAGUAUAUGAAAAAAAGAGAGAAAAGAGUUAAAAUAGUAGUGUAAAAAGUAUAUAUUUGGAAUAUGUGCAUUUGUGAUUUUAGUCUUGCAA